CUACAAAAAGUUUUCAUAAAUAAAGAUGCGUAUCACGCUUUUAUAUCGGAUGAAUUUGAUUUGACGUAGAUGGUAUACAGAUAUACAGAUCGACAAGCGAAUCUCUAAAAAACGCCAAGAAAGGCCCUUCUUUAAAGAAGACAUAUUUGGCAUUCACCUACUAUUCCCGCAAUACCACAAUACCACAUGUUAUUUAACAAUAUAUUUAAUUCAUGCGUUUCCUUCCAUUCAUGUGCGUCGUCCUGUUAUUAAUCAUUCUUUCCAUUCUUGGUUUUGCACCCAACAUUCAUAUCAAAAUUUCAGAUAAAUUACUUCACUUUAUAGGAUUCUUUAUUUUGACGGUAGCGAUUUACUUUACAUGGGAUCGGAAUAUAAAAUGGAAUGCCGUAGUUACCGGUACAUUAUCAUUGUCAGCGUCCUUGAUAAGUGAAGUCAUUCAAGGCUUUUUACCAUACAAAAUUUUUGACUGGCAAGAUAUCGCGGCAAAUUUCCUUGGCUCAUCUUUGGGGCUUGUUCUUUCAAUAUUUGGGGAUUGGAUACGUAACCGAUUCGCUAUAUAUGGGAAAUACAAGCAAGUUGAUUGUGAAAAUUUCGAUGAAAAUACCGAUAUUCCCUUAACAUAAUUAUCUUAUUAUCUUGUACAAUUAUUUAUUAUUUACAGUAUAAUUAUAACGUGAUGCUACAAAUAAAAUAAUAUAAUUUUAUAUUGUCCA